AUGUCUCUUUCAUCGAUGGAACAGACAUGGAAACAUGCGGUAGACGUUCUCGAACAAAUUGUAGCGAAUGAAGAUUUACAUGCCGCUUCCCAUGGAAUGCCAUACACCCCUAACAGCGAUGGGAACGAUGUGGAAACAACGGAGUCACUGGCACUCUCAUCACUUGAAAAAUCUUUGGUAUCGCACUGUAGAUCAUUGCUUGAACAGGCAUAUAUAGUGAGACAACAGCUGGGUGCAGGGAACUCUUCUGAAGAAGUGCACAACACUUCCUCUAUGCCGCAAUUUUUGGAUUUUGCAUUAUUUUUUCGUAAGUCUCGCAUGUUGCGUGAGAGAGCACGACGUGUGGGUGUUACACUUACGAGUAUUAAACAUGUUGGAUUGUUGGAUGAAGAGUCUCUUGGGCGACGCAUCAUCACUGAUCGUGCUUUAACAGCUGUAAAGGAACUUUUAGAUCUUCUUAUAGCUGUAUCUACCACACUUGCUGGAACACCAUUUUUGACUAAAGUUAACUCCUAUAAUCAGCGUCAAGGAACAACAACAACAACAACAACAGGUACUACUACUAGUACAGGUACUACAGCAGAUCCUUUGCAACCGUGUACCAGUCGCUCAAGUUCCCAAGUGACACAAUGUCAUCAUCCUAUAGUAGUUAAUCAUGAAACUGAGGAAGUAGUUCCAGACGGGAAUCAUCUACAUUCACCUGUAGAGUAUAUGCAUGGAACGACAAAUGCGGGUCUUUCUGUGCAUGAAAACAUUCCUUCACAGGGUUUAAUACAAAAUCGAAGAAACUCCAAUGAAAGGAGGUUUAUCGACAGUAAAGAGAUAAGUAUGCAUGAAGGAAAAAAAAAAGAAGAACAUAUUUUACAACCCUUAAGGCUCGAUUAUACACCAUCACCAGUAGUAGUUCCACGUGUUACAGCACCACCUGAAUCAGACAGGAAUUCUACUAGAACAUCUAGUGAAUCACAUUCACCAGAAACGUUAUUUUCUCAUACUAAUACAAGCAAGUUGACAACAUCAUCACAUGUUGAUAAAGGUACAGUAGAACACGCAGAUUCACUGGCAACAAUAGCAAAAGCCUACUCUAUUUCAUUAGAUCAGUUAUGUGCUGCCAAUACCCAUCUUUUAGCUUAUAAAUACACUCCUUUACCACCCAAUACACCUUUGCGAAUUCCACAUAAAAAAAAUAAUGGAAGUCCCUCUCGUGAUGUACUAGUGUCAACUCGUGUGACAACGCAUACUCGAGUGUUUAGCGGAUAUCCCUGGUAUGAGUUGUUUCAAGAGAGAGAAAAUGAUGAUUCUACUGCUAAUCCUUUAUGGAAGGAUACUUUUUUAUCAGAGCUGGGAAAUUUGUUUAAAAUACCCAAUGAAUGGGUAACGAACGUACAUGUUGUAAAUGAUGAAGUAGAUGGAAUAACUGAUAAUGAUAAAAUGAUAAGUUUUGAUCUACGUCUUCCUCUUUCAUUUGGAUAUGAAGAAGUAGAGAAAAAAAUACAAGAACACAACUUUACUGAGCUGAUCCUACUAUACGAAAAACUGCAGGGAGAAAAUAAUGCAGAGACAGCUUCAAGUAUUACGUCUAUAUUAGAUUCUGAAGAUAAUUUUGAGACACCACAUGACUUUGAUAAAACAGUACCACCAUGUGCUAAUGCUGAUAGUCUCUUAAAAGGUAAGAACAAAAAUAAGAAAAAAAACAACAACGAGAAGAAAAACGAAAAAGAAAAGAGUAAUAAGGAUAAUGAUAUGACUCCUUUAGGAGUAUUUGUCUCGUCAUCGGGUAUAGAAACAACCUAUCAUGACGUAAAGCAUGAUAAAAAUCAAAAAGAGAAAAAUAUUUUAAUGCCAGUAUCUACACAAAAUGAAGAGAUAGUAGAACAAAAACAAAUAAAAAAUUUUACAUAUCUUGGGGAUUCGCAUACUAAAUAUUCUCAUGUAAGAGAAAAACAAGAGAAGGAAUGUCCUCUUUAUAAUGAUGACAUGCAAGAAGAGAAGGAAGAAGAAAUGGUUUCUGGUUCUCCUACCAUUGAAUACAAUGAUGUACUGUUAUUUUCUCCAUAUUCUGGGAAUUCUACACAAGAACCAGACCAUUCCCCACAUGUAACAUUUACUGAUGAAAAUGGUCAUUUUUCACCAUCAAUAUUGCCAAGAGCACCUAGUAUCAAUGAUAAAAUGGGUAAUGCUUAUAAUAUUUCUCCACUCUGUGGGCGUCCACCAAUUGCCCCAACACGUAUGGGUUCUUCUAGCCCACAAAGGGUAAAGGAAGAGCCUGUUGUAUUAUGGUUUUCAACAACACAUGAAAAAAUAAUUCGAGGAGAAAAAUGGGAAGAAGUACUCGCAUUAUGUGAAGAGGAAGUACGAGAAACAUUUCUUACAGAAGUUGCCGUUCUCUUUGAUCUCCCUGAAGAAAAUGUUAAGAAUAUUUACUUUACCCUAGGUAGCUUACAUGUUACCUUUGAUUUGUUGCAUGAUCGUUAUUUACACGAAUCAGAGAUCAACACCCUUCUUGCAGUCUUUGACUUUCCAAAGGUACGUGGAGUGUACCGGCGUUGCGUGGAGAACGCACCUACAAACACUAAAACUCAAACGAUGGACUCCCACUUCACACAUGCCUGUGAACCACAACAGGAGCAACCAGAACAACGGUGUGAUGAUAUGAAGACGCCAAAUAACGAACCCUCUACGAAGGCGCACUUUAAUGACAUUACGGCGAAAGAUCUCCUUCCACGUAAUAUGGUCAACAAAGAGAAACCUGUAGUUAAUAUGAAUAAUGGCAAUCACAACACAACUCAACAGACGCCAAGCACAACACUUGCGGGUGUGGCACAGCGGCUUGGUGUAAGUGUGCAGGCACUGCGAAAGUGCAAUACACAUCUUGACACCUUCAGUGAUACCGCAGAACUCCCAAAUAACUGUAAUGUGAAUAUCCCCGCAUCAUUUUUCGCUGCACCAGAAACUACCAGUGACCAUUUUUCUCAUCGUAGUAGUCCUCGCUCGCCGACUGCACCUGCACCUGCACCUGUAACAAAACGAGACUCAUCCUCUGCUGCGGCAAUCACCGUCACAACACGCGGCGGGGAUAAGGAAAAUACAGAACUCACGAUUACCCCUAAAAAAGAGUUUACACAAUCUCCUGAGUCAUCUGCUGUAGAGUGCGAUCCCGAACCGAGAAAAACUGGGCCACCCGUACAAACUCAAAAAGUACUACACAAUUCAAAGUUGCAUUCGGAACUCAAUAAACACGUUGACAGGAAAGAUGUACCGUUUGAGGAGAAGUCGUUAUUAACGUCUCUGCCAGAGUCUCAUACGUCAACAACUUCCACACGUGAUGAUACUGUACAAACAGUUUUAGGAUGUAACGAUAUAGAUGCACAAUCUAUUGGUAAAACUUUAAAUCUAAGUCUUGAACAUCCUUCUUCUACAGCACCAGACGGAAUAUCAUAUCGAGAACACAUGGUGACUUUGAUGGCACGAACUACUACACAGUUUUUUCUUCUUCGUUUUUUUGCAAAAUGGCAGUACAUUGCUCGAAUACGGAAGGAGAAAAAAAGAACUGGAUUACCACUCCAUCCGUCCCGUAAAAUUAAUAAUGAGAUGAAAAAAUCAACUGCAACAUCAGAACAAUCUUCUCAAGGCACUUUAUCAAGUAGGGCAAAAACAGGAGGGACACCACGUCGAACGCUUUCUCCACGUACAGGUGUUACACGUAAUUCUGGUUCAAGAAGCUUAAUUGCAAAGUCUAUGGAAGCUAUUGCUAGGACACAACCCCCAACUGCAUCCCCAAGGGGAACAGCAAAGGAAAAAACAACAGUAAGUCGUUCUUCUUCUCGUAUACAACGGCAAGAAAGUAAUAAAGGCGCCGUUUUAUCGUCUAGAGGUGCAGUACUAAGGGGUGGUACUGCUUCUAAUGGCAGUACUAACUCACCUCUUAAAUCGGCACGUGGUGAUAAACGAAUAGCUUCAAAACCGAGUACAGGACAUAAUGGUACUCCACGUAUUAGUUUUAGUCGUGCCAGUAGUAAUCAUUCUAUGUCACGAGCAUCAUCUAUUGAUCGAAAACCGAAAUCUAGAGAUGUCUCUGAAACUUCUUUACGACUUCCUGUUGGAUUUCGUGUUUCGUGUUCAUUAGUUGUAUUAGAAGUUUACAAAGAGGCAUCAGAAUCUGGAAUACAGUGUGGUGAUAAGAUACAGGAAAUUGGGGGAAUUCGUGUACGAACUGUGAGACAGGUUCGCGAUGCGUUAAACUCAGUUGUUACCCCAAAAAUAGUCUUUAAAAUUAUAAAGAAGAGUAAUGGUACACCAAUGUUAUUAUCUCUUUCUAGAACUGAGACGGCUGGAACGGGUACACCAAGCUCAUUGUCACCAAAGAAAUCUUUAUCAGAUGCAAAGAUAGUACCUAUGCUUAGUGCAGCAAGAACUGCUUCCUUGACUUCAGCCAAAGUACGAGGAGGCAACUCUGCUUCGUCCCUUCCACAACAACGACAAGAAGAAGAACAACAUUGGAUGAAAGUCUCCUCUGUAUCGCUUUCUCGUGGACCCCGAGGAAUUUACGAACCACAUAAGGAACAGCAACAGCAAAGUUAA